CCCCCCCCCCUCUCUCCCGCCCUUGCAUUUAAGAUUCAAGACAUUUACCAGCAUUUCCCAAUUUAAAUACCAAACCUUUCGUCUCAGCGUGCUCCGGAGAACACCAAAGUAUCUCAGCAGUUUUAGAGGAGAGGGAAAAAAAAAAAAUGUCCAGAGCAGCAGCUGUUGAACUCGAUUUUUUUGCCAUGGGUAAAGAGAACAAGUCGUCACCUUCCAAAUCCAAGUUUCUUAAUCGCCAAAGAAGCUUUCGAGAUAUUCAGAGUGCCAUUUCGAAAAUAAAUCCUGAGCUUUUAAAAUCCGUGAUUGCCUCUGGUUCUGCUGCCACCAAGACUACUCCGGAAAAUGGCAAUCAGUUCUCAAACAAGUCAUUCUCUGUGCCUUCCACUCCUAAACAGGAACAGCCUUCAUUUCCUGUUCUCCCUCUCUAUUCUCCUCUCCCAAGGCCUAAUAUGAUGAUCCCUCCCGAAACCGCCCCCUUGACUAUUUUCUACAAUGGAACCGUUGCCGUUUUCAAUGUCCCUCGACACAAGGCGGAGAACAUUUUGAAGCUUGCCGAGAAGGGAAUUUCCAAGACCAGUGCUGAACCAAUGACUGAUCCAAAAACUGAUCAACAGCAGCUUUUUGAGAGCCUUGAUGGAGAUCUGCCAAUUGCCAGGAGGAAAUCACUGCAGAGGUUUUUGGAGAAAAGAAAGGGGAGGUUGACUUCGGUGUCCCCGUAUGUUCGCAGCACCUAAGCGCGUUCUUAAUGCCGGAAGACCAUGAAGGACUCCUAUUGAUUCUAGGCUAGGCCUCAAGGCUACGAGACAAGAAACGCUACCAGAAUAAUUGUGUUUUCUCACCUUGUCUGCCUCUAAUUGGCCUUCCUCUUUUGACGGAUGGCUACAAGAUAGGUGGUACUAAUCUACAGAUAAAUUAUUAUUAUUAUUAUUAUUAGUGUUAUAUGGGCUUAGUAGGGUCCAUAUUUCUUUUCCGGAGUCACGUUUUAUUAAUUGUCCUUGUCUACCAGGCAAAACACUCGUUGCUCACCACCUUCGUUGUAGUUUCCUAUGGUCUUCGUGUCUCUUUGAGGCUAUUUUUUUAUUAUAUUUAAGAAGCUUGAAAUCACAUGUACACUGCUACUGACUCUUUUAUCGUUAGUGGGUUGUUUGAUUUUCUUUUGUCCUAAGAAGAUUCAAAAUCACUUGUACACGUGUCUUCGUUAGUGGGUUGUUCAUCACAUA